UAAAAAUCAUUGAACAUCAAUAAUUUUUGCUUUUCUUUAUUUUUUCUAUCAUACUCGCCAGGGUUAGCUAGAGCCCGGUCGGAUCUGGGAACAGAGGGAAAGAGAGACACUCCAGAGCGAUGCUGCCAACGGUAUCGAAAGGGCGCGCGUCCUCUACCGUGCGCCCCUCUCCCGUCUUAGCCCACUACCUCCGGAGAAUAGUCAAGUGGCAACAAAUGGACAUCGAGUACACAUUUUGGCAAAUGCUUCAUCUUUGCACUUCACCAAAAGUUGUCAGCUACCAACACACAAAGUACCAUAAGCAAACCAAAAACCAGUGGGCACGAGAUGAUCCUGCCUUCAUAGUGAUUCUCUCUUUAUUCGUGGUUGUUGCUACUUCUGCUUAUUGUGCCGCGUAUGAUUCAAGUUUUGGACAUGCUGUCUUUACAGUUAUAUCAGUACUUUUUUUUCAUUUCUUAGUAUCUGGCAUAGUUUUGGCAACUUCUUGUUGGUAAGAAUUCACAUGAAUAUUUGUUAUUCCAUUUAUUUUCAAAUUGCUA